UACUGGGCUAAAAAUCUUGGUUACCGAUGGGCCGGCCCUUGAUUAUCCCAACAAAAAUCAAAGAAAACAUGCUCUCUCUCUCUCUCUCUCCGAGGAUCACUUGCCAUCUCUGUAUGAGAACUUCGAAGGAUCUUCAGCUUAAAAAUCUCAAUGAUUCAUGGAUUCUGAACUUCUUGUCGGCAUUGAUGAUGGGGCAUUCGAUAAUUCUACUGAUGUUGAGCUUGAGCCUUGUAACGAUGUUACAGUGAUUAGACGUUCAGUUGAGGAGACAUCUUGUACUGAUCAAAAUGAUAAAAUAAGUCAUGGUUCUUCUACGGAGGAUAUUACUAUCUUUGAAGGAGGCGAGCCAUAUGUGGGUCAGGAAUUUGAGUCUGAAGAGGCAGCACAUGCUUUUUACAGUGCAUAUGGCAUGCGUGUUGGUUUCAUUACUUGGAUAAACUAUCUCUCGCGCUCUAAACUCGAUGGAUCCAUUAUUGGUAGAACUCUUGUCUGUAACAAAGAGGGUUACAGAAAACCUUACAGGAUUGACAAGAAAAAUUCAAAACCACGAAUUGCCACUAGGGUGGGUUGCAAGGCAAUGCUUUCAGUAAGGAAACUAAGUACUGAAAAAUGGGUUGUGACAAAGUUUGUGAGGGAGCAUACUCAUGCGUUAAGUGCAGGGAACAUUCAAAAUAUAUUGACUAAUACUCAAAUCCCGAAUGAAAAUGUGAAAAUUCAAGAAUUAACUCAACAACUGCUCCUUGAGAGAAAGCGCUCUGCUUCACUUAGAAAAGUUAUAGACCUUCUAUUCAGUCACAUUGAACAGCACGCUGAAGACCUAUCAAGAAGGGUACAACAUGUAGCUGACCAGGUAAAGGAAAUUGAAUCUGGAAGGAAAACCCCUCAAGACUGUAGAUAAUGGUGCCAUUUGUAACGAACAUCUUGUAUAUUAUCACAUUGGCCUUUCUAUGGAACAUGCAAUCUUGAAUAUCAAUUUAGUUGCUUUUCAUCUGUUUUUAUCGUCUUCACCUGAUAGCCUGGUGGCACAUAUGCAAGUGUUUUUCUUUCGGCACAUGAGGGGAAUAAUAGCUUUGCUAUAUCUAAAUUCAUCAUGCUAUUGCUGUA